AAGCCCCCUUUGUUCAUUGUGACGUCAUCGAGGGGGAGGUGGUGGCGGGGAGCAUUGACAGCCAUUAUUGGCUGCAACAAGAUAAUUGUGUCCCUGGAGCAGGCGCCAGUCCUCCAGCCUCCCCUCCCUCUCCCACACCGGGUAAGAGGCGAACCGUGGGAAAGGGAUGGCUAGGUCUUAACCAGAGGGACAGGCGGAGGAGGGAGCAGUGUGUCACAGGCUACUCAGGAAUACAGAGCACACGCAAGCUGGGACCCCAUUCACUCACUGUGGGGACAACCAUGAAGAGGACUCACGAAUACAGCUCUUCUGACAGCGAGCUGGAUGAGAACAUAGAGGUGGAAAAAGAGAGUGCUGAUGAGAAUGGGAACUUAAGUUCAGCUGCAGGUUCAAUGUCUCCUUCUACUUCUUCCCAGAUUUUGGCUAGGAAGAGGCGCAGGGGGAUUAUUGAGAAACGCCGCCGGGACCGGAUUAAUAACAGUUUGUCAGAGCUAAGGAGACUCGUUCCGAGUGCUUUUGAGAAACAGGGAUCUGCAAAACUAGAGAAAGCUGAGAUUUUACAGAUGACUGUGGAUCACCUUAAGAUGCUGCAUACAGCAGGAGGCAAAGGUUAUUUUGAUGCCCAUGCCCUUGCAAUGGACUAUCGGAGUUUGGGGUUCAGAGAGUGCCUCGCUGAAGUGGCCCGGUAUUUAAGUAUCAUUGAAGGUCUUGACACUACCGACCCACUGCGAGUACGACUUGUUUCUCAUCUGAACAACUAUGCCUCCCAGAGAGAAGCUGCCACCACGGCUCAUACCAGCAUCGGACAUAUUCCCUGGGGAGGUGCCUUCGGUCACCAUCCUCAUCUAUCACACCCGCUGCUUCUGGCACAGACUCCUCAUAGCACUGCAAACAGCCCAGCCUCUUCAGAAGCUCAUCACCAGAGCAGACAUCCUGGGUCACCACACGCAGAGUCUACCACGCUGCGGGUUCCCCCUAAUGGGAACAUUGCAUCAGUGCUUCCCGUUGUCGCUUCUUCAAAACUCUCGCCACCGCUGCUGUCUUCAAUUUCAUCACUCUCAGCAUUCCCUUUUUCAUUUGGAUCCUUUCAUUUAUUGUCACCCAAUGCACUAAGCUCAUCAACACCUCCACCUUCUGGCAAGCCUUAUAGACCCUGGGGCACAGAGAUUGGAGCAUUCUAAGACAUCCAUAGUGACUCUAUAGUUGCUGUGGCCUGGUGGGGUUUAUGAUGUCCAGCUGUGCUGGACGGUUAUCACUGAUCUUUAUAAUGUAUUUGCCAACCUGUGUGAUGCGAUGGUACCAUUACAAAUGCCCUUGUUUUAUUUUAUAGAUUUAACUUUUUUUUUAAAAAAAAAUUAGCCUUGAGAAAAAAUAUUCUGGUACACCGUAUUUGCAUUAGUGGUGUAAAAAAAUAAACUAGGUCUGUACUGAAUGUUUAACUUGAUUUGUAAGGUUGUAAUUUUACUUCUUUUCAUGACAAUUUUUAACAAUAGUUUAGGGUUUCUUCUCAUUUUAUUCUUUAUGUGCAGAAUACUGAGUUCAGCAAUAAUACCAUACCUUCUGUACUGCUAAUAUUUUAAGAAAUAUCCUUCUGAUACAAAAUAUGUUUUUUUUUUUUGGUGUUUUUAUAUUUUCAUGCGUUGACAAAUCAAAAAUGUAUUCAAGGAAGCAAAUAGUGAUAUUCACUGCAAAGUUUAAAAAUAUGCUGAGUGCAGUCAAACUGGUACAGUAGAUUUGUAGAGCACUCUUAUUUUGCACAUGAAUCAGAAAUUUACAGCAUUUCAAACAGAUUUCCCAUUGUAUUUCAUCUGAGGCACUAGGAAUUUAUUUAACAUAUAGAUUUAUUUAAGACAGUACUCGCUACAUGAGUGUAUAUUAUUCAAUUUGUGCAUGGAUUCAUCAUUAACAGAAAGGUGGCCUUUCUUGUACUGGAUUCGUCAUUCUGGUCUGCUGUGACAAAAUAAAAAGAGUCAGAGAUUUGUUAUUUUGA